AUGACUCGAGUCAGUCAGCUGAAGGAGAAGGAGAUGAAGCAGCAGGACUUUGUGCUUACAACCCUGCAGCAGAAGCUGGUCGAGUCACUGGCCAGCCACGUGCCUGGGGCAAAGGCUGCGCAUGCAUGGCACGAGCCGUUGAAGCAGGACCAGGUCUCGGAGCAGAAGUGGGUCCACGAGGGCCAGGCGCACCACCGCGAACAGCGGGCGCAGGACGACGAGGCGCAGGACUGGAAGUGGGGCGAACGGUGGGACGAGGCGCAGGAAAAGCGGGGCGAGCAGCGGGGCGAGGCGCAGGACGAGAAGUGGGGCGAGCAGCGGGACAAGGCGCAGGACGAGAAGUGGAAGCAGCAGCAUCAUCAGUGGCGCGAGGCGGCGGACCAGCGCCAGCAGGUUGAGAAGCAGAAGUGGCCCGCGGACGAGAAGGGGCAGUGGCUCAGCUGGAAGUGGGAUGAGGAGCAGCGGGCGCAGAAACAGAAGUGGCCCGCGGGCGAGUGGAAGCAUGCUCAGCAGUGGCUCCGCUCGGGGUGGGGCCAAGAGCAGCGGGCGCAGGAGUUGAAGCGGCCCGCGGACCGCGCUGAGAGCGAGUGGAAGGAGCAUGCCGAUGAGCACUUGCAGGGGUCCGUGGACAAGGCCCAGCGCUAUGCCUGCGACACAGGCGAAAGCACACGGCAAGCCAGGCCGCAAACUUUGAAUGUAUCCGAGCGGCAGCGCUGGCAUCAGGAGCAGGCCAAGGUGCUUGAGGCUGCAGCCAAAUUGCAUCAAUACCAGGCCAGGCAGGCGACUGGGCAGUCCGACGUGUGGAGUGGGUGA